CAAUAAUUUGUCGAGUAGCUGGAGGGAGAACUCUGUAAAACUGCGACAAAAAGUUGCUCUGUUUUUGUUGGCGUGAUAAUCAAUCGUCGUCUUUCAGUGUAAAAUUUAAGCCUCCACCAACAGUGUUCAUAUAUUUUUCUGCAAUCGGCGCCUCUUUUUCUAUUUGCGUGUUUGUUCGUUUUCGUGUUGCGAAAAUUACAGCCGCUUCUACAAGGUUCUCGAACGGCCAAAAAGAAGUUAGCGCGUUUCUGCCUUUUAGAUCUGUUUUCUGAUCCCUUCAUCCAUUUGAGUGCAUUCCAAGCGCUUUCAAGUUCAUGAUGUUUAGAUUUCGACGAUUUUUUUAGUGAGAUUAUAAUCGACUUCCUCCAUUUCUCUUUUAUUUGGGAACUUCUGGUGAGGAUUUCCGGCAACGUGGGAUUGAAAACGCGAAGAUUUCUCAAUGUACAAGCGAUUUUCGUUUAAAUAUAACUCCAAUCUAAUUGACAUGGAGGAUAAUUCAGGUCUUUUGCAGGGUGGUAAGGAUUCUGAAGUCUCGAACCCUUCAUGGAGGCUUUCUUUACCGCACGUUCUAGUAGCUACCCUAACUUCAUUUCUAUUUGGCUACCACCUGGGAGUAGUAAAUGAGCCAAUGGAAGUAAUUUCUGCGGAUCUUGGUUUCAAUGGGAAUACAUUGGCAGAAGGUUUGGUUGUCAGUACAUGCCUGGGAGGUGCCUUAGUUGGGUCUCUAUUGAGUGGUUGGGUAGCUGAUGGAAUAGGACGUCGCAUGGCUUUCCAACUGAGUGCUUUGCCAAUGAUUGCUGGUGCUGCAAUGAGUGCAAUGACUAAAACUCUGGCUGGGAUGCUUUUGGGACGUCUGUUUGUUGGGAUUGGAAUGGGUCUAGGCCCUCCUGUUGCUUCUCUCUAUGUCACAGAGGUAUCUCCUGCGUUUGUGAGGGGAACGUAUGGCAGUUUCAUUCAGAUUGCUACAUGUCUUGGACUGAUGGCAGCCCUCUUAAUAGGAAUCCCUGCUAAGGAGACAGUAGGCUGGUGGCGUGUCUGUUUUGGGGUAUCUACUAUUCCAGCUGCAUUACUAGCUCUAGCCAUGGUAUUUUGUGCUGAGAGUCCACAUUGGCUAUAUAAGCAAGGACGGACUGAGGAAGCAGAAACUGAAUUUGAGAAGCUUCUUGGUGGAUCACAUGUAAAAUCUGCUUUGGCAGAAUUGUCCAAGUUUGACAGGGGAGAUGAACCAGAUUCUGUAAAACUUUCUGAGUUGCUCUUUGGCCGCCAUUUUCAAGUUGUUUUUAUUGGAUCAACACUAUUUGCUUUACAACAGCUAUCUGGUAUAAAUGCUAUAUUUUAUUUCUCCUCGACUGUUUUUAAAAGCUCGGGAGUACCAUCAAACCUUGCAAAUGUCUGCGUGGGAAUCUCAAAUUUAGCAGGAUCCAUAAUCGCGAUGCUUUUGAUGGAUCGAUUGGGAAGAAAGCUGCUUCUUCUAUGGAGCUUUUCUGGGAUGGCAGUAGCUAUGGCCCUCCAAGUAGUUGCAGCAGGUUCUCAUUCACCAGACUCUGGAGCUGUGUACUUGUCAGUCGGUGGCACGUUAAUGUUUGUCCUAAUGUUUGCUCUCGGAGCUGGUCCAGUUCCAGGUCUUCUUUUACCAGAAAUUUUCCCCAGUCGGAUAAGAGCAAAAGCUAUGGCAAUCUGCAUGUCGGUGCAUUGGGUGAUAAAUUUCUUCGUAGGAUUGCUCUUCCUUCACUUGUUGGAGAAGAUGAGGCCACAGUUUCUGUACUCUGGUUUUGCUACGUUCUGCUUGAUUGCAGUUGCAUUUGUGAAAAGGAAUGUCGUGGAAACCAAAGGAAAAUCACUUCAAGAAAUUGAAAUAGCACUUCUCCCUCAAGAAUAAUGCAUCAGCCCAGGUUUAUGCGGCUCUUAGCUUCCUCAAAUUCCAUGAAGAUUAUUGCAAAGAAUAUACUAAGUAGUUUUGCAUCUAUAAUAAACAUGCUACCUGUGGGUGUAAUGCAGUAUUGCAGUUGCAGUAUUGCCCUUCAGAAGUGAGUGUAUAAAAUAGAGAGCACAAAACUUUGGCAAUACAGAGAAUUGCUAAACUUGAUUUUGUCUCACUUUCUUAUUAACCUGUCGGUAUGGUUUCCUUAUGAAUUCUUAUCUUGAAGUUUUUGAAUAA